AUGAAUUCUAAUUUAAAAUAUAAUUCAGCUUCUUCUGAUGCAUCUACCACCAAUAAAGGUAGUGGUUUAGCUAACACAAUUAAUAAAGCUUUCGAAAAGUUAUCAAUGAAAUCAGCAUCAUCCGUAGAUUUAACUUCGACAUUAGAUGUACAAGUUGAUUCUAAAGAAUCGAAACAAUCUAAAAUAUCUAAACGAAAAUCUGCAACUCUUUCCACAAAAAAAAAAAAAUCAAUGCAAAGGCCAAAAUCUGCUCUACCACCACCUAAACCAUCAAAGUCGCAACUGUUUGUAAAUUCAUCCCCCAUAACGUCCAAUAAAGCAGGAGAUUUAAUACCAACUCUCGGACGUUAUCCCUCUACACCAAGUUUACGUUUUAAAUCCGAUGAAAAUUCAACUUCUCAAUCUGAUAAAAAUUCCACUUCUCAGUCUGAUGAAAAUUCUACCUCUCAGUAUAGUAAUAAAAAUUCAGAAAAGGAUUUAGACAUUACAGCAUUUUUGGCUGCUCCUCGUUUAACUCAACGCGUCAGGCUAAAAAACGGACGAGUUGUUAGUUUUUCUGAAGUUGGUGAUAGAAAUGGUUUCCCCGUAUUUAUAUUUUUGGGAAUGGGUUGUGUGAGAUAUUUCAUUGCUUUCUUUGAUGAUUUGGCUUCUAGUUAUGGUUUAAGAUUGAUUUGUCCCGAUCGACCUGGGGUUGGAUUAUCAGAUGAUGUCAAAACGGAAGACCAACAUGUUUUAAAAUGGCCAGAAGUCAUUGAGGAACUUUGUGAAAUUCUUAAUGUAGACAAAUUUUUUAUUAUGGCUCAUAGUGCGGGCGCACCUUACGCUUUAGCUUGUGCCAAAAUGAUACCAGAAAGAUUAGCGGGAACUAUAUAUCUUGUUUGCCCCUGGAUUAGUACCACAGUAGCCAAUAAUUUUAAAUGGUUACGAUAUGUUCCUACACCUAUUAUAAAACUUACUAAUAGUGCCGGAAUUUCACUUCAACAAAUGCUUCACGGUCGACAACCCUAUUCCACCAAACCACAAAAGAAUUCAGGGGCAUUAUCUUCUCAAAUGUCAAGUCUUGAAAAAAAACAACAACUAGGUCUUGCCAUUCUCAAAGCCUCUUUUGCCGAAAAUUUAUCUGGGGCUAACAAUGAUUUACUCAUGUGUUUUGAGCGACGCCAUUCUUUUGGCUAUUCCUAUACGGAUAUUGAACAUCCUGUACAUGUUUUUCAUGGAACAAAAGAUGAACGAAUUCCCGUGUCAGCUGUCAAAUGGAUGGAGGAAAGUAUGCCCAAUUGUAAAUUAACAUUGAUAGAAGGAGGGAAACAUUCAUUACUUUUACGUGCAGAAAUUGUCGAUACAAUUUUUAAAACAAUAGCUGUGCAAUUACAUGUAAAGGAUGAAUGUAGAGUAUGUAAACUUUCAACUAAAUGUUGGUUAAUGGAGGAAUCUCGAUAUCUGAAAGCCAAUAAAGAAUUAUUAUGA